AUGUCUUCUUCGAAGUUUAAAGUUUCUAAUAAAAUUAAAAAAAGAGGUAGUUACAAACUACAAGUAAAAGCAAAACUAAGCUCACAUCUUUUGCUAAAAGAAGAAGAUAGACUUAGACUUAAAUAUCUGCUAGAUAUUAGUGCACCCAGUGAAAAUAGUUUUAAUAUUGAUCCUGAUGAUGCUACAAUAACAUGGUAUCCAUAUGUAGGGUGUCUUGCAUUUGCAUUAAUUUUUUUUCGUAAUGAUGAAAUUUGUGGUAUUGUAGAAUACUUAGAACAUAGUGAACAAUACUUGUUUUCUCAGCUACAAUAUGAUUCACAAUAUAGGCUCUUAUCUUAUGUAAAAAAGAGUGUAGAAAACCUAAUAAAUUUUAAUAUAAAAACUUCAGAUAUACUUGCUCAGAAUGCAAGAAUUAAUAUUGAUAUUAAAAAUGAUGCUGCAAAAAACUUAGAUCAAAUGCUUAGACCAAAAGCAGAUCAUUCUGAAUUAAAAGAAGUAUAUCUUUAUUAUCAACUUCAUAUAAAGGAAAAUAACUGUCUUGAGAUCAUUAUUAGCACUCAUAAACAACAAAAAUAUGCCUAG